AUGUACUAUUAACCAGCUUAAAAGGUAUUACUCAGUAAUAAAUUCUCAUCUCAACCAAUAAUAGUAAAUUGCUCAUUUAGUAUUUUAGAUAUAAUAAAAUUUUUAAAGAAAAUUGAAUUCAAAUCCAUUUGACACACCCAGGUACUAAGCAGAAAAUUAGACUGCUAAGACAUAAAGAUAAAAAUUUGUUAAUAUUGAUGACCAUUUUUCAAAUCUAUAUUGCAAUCUAAAAGAAGAAAAUCAAUAAUUAAAAGAAUAAUUGAAUUAAUUAGAAUUGAAAGUCUUAGCAGCCUAAAAGAAACUAGAAUUGUUAAAAUAAUAAUGA